AUGGCGACGGGUGGCAACAGGAUUUGCUCAGUGGUAGCAUGCUCUGGGGACACUAUAGACACAUGUGGAAAAAGGUUCCCAAACUUUGAACAAAACACGACCGGUAUUUUUGAAGAGCUCAGCAUAAUUGCAACUGUACCAACGCCCGUGAUUGAUACAUAUUUAAAAGCUGCCGAUUCUACUUUUUAUCCCGUUUCGUUGGACAUCAAAAUAAUGCCUCUAGAACCUCAAGAUUAUACUUUUACACUUGAAAAUAGUAAUAAUAUGCGAGUAACUACGUACAAUUUUACUCUCAAUAAACAGAAUUCAGAUCUGUAUAGUUUCGCGGUGUGGGGUAGAGUUUUUGGUACCGAUGGUGAGGAGGCAUCACCACCAGUUAAAGACGGUAGCAACCCUUCUUUUACUGGAAAUCUAUCGACGUUUUUGUUAAUACCAUUCAUUGCUGCUAUAAUGCAAUGA